AUGCUGGUCUCCCUCUCCCAGCGCUACGAGAACUAUAAUAAAGACGUAGCGGUGCUUUCGGGCACCGGGCUGUUAGAAAGCUGCAACGAAAUCUCCAGGAAGAUCGGCAAACUACAGCUGGUCGAAGCGGGUAUCGCGUUGAAGUAUGAGCCUACCCCCAGGAAGCAGGUGAGUCGAUCACCCAUCAUUAAGCCCAAAUGCCAACACCACGUAGCAAGACUGAAGUAUUUCUUUGAGAGCACUCCAGAGAAGACAUGCCAGAUUUACAACCUACGUGAGCGGUUUCCGACACUGGCGGAGAAGUCCGCAAAAGAACUUGUGGAUACGUACAAGGCACUUGGUGGCAUGAGUUUCGAAUAUGCUCUAGAAACGGUUCGCCGUGACUUAUGCGACCUGGAUUUUGAGAUUGAGGGGUGUGAGGAUUGGCUUGAGAUGGCAAGAGACCGUCACCUACAGCAGUUGGCGUCGGAUAUGAGUCUGAACGCGAUGUGA